AAACCCGCCUCCCCCCUGUCUCACACAAAGUCGAAAUCAAAAUUCAUUCAUCAUUUAUUCGGCAUGUAUCUUUUCAAUCGCCAUUCGUAAUCGUAUUCCUGUUAAUCUGAAUAUCAUCUCAUUGUUGAUUGUUAAAGAAUCUGCAGCUGAGGGUCCUUUGGUGUCUUAAAUUUAAAGAAAUGGCGGAUGGCCACUCGUUCAAUAAUGUAUCACUUGGAGGUCGAGGGGGCUCGAAUCCAGGUCAGCUAAAAGUUCAUUCAGGUGGUGUAUUGUGGAAGAAACAAGGAGGUGGCAAAGCUGUUGAAGUCGAUAGGUCUGACAUCUUGGGACUUACAUGGAUGAAAGUUCCCCGGACUAAUCAGCUUGCCGUCAGAACUAAAGAUGGUCUGAAAUACAAGUUCACUGGUUUUCGUGACCAGGAUGUCAUUAGCCUGACCAACUUUUUCCAGAAUACUUGUGGCUUAAAAACAGACGAAAAGCAGCUUUCUGUUAGUGGGAAAAACUGGGGAGAAGUUGGCUUGAAUGGCAACAUGCUGUCUUUCAAUGUUGGUCAGAAAGAAGCAUUUGAAAUCUCCUUAGCUGAUGUGUCCCAGACACAGCUUCAAGGAAAGACUGAUGUCAUAUUGGAAUUUCAUGUGGAUGACACAACUGGUGCAAACGAGAAAGAUUCAUUGAUGGAGCUAAGCUUCCAUGUGCCAUCUAACAACACACAGUUUGUUGGUGAUGAAAAUCGUCCACCUGCACAGGUCUUUCGUGAAAAAAUAAUGUCAAUGGCAGAUGUUGGUGCUGGAGGUGAGGAGGCUGUGGUCACAUUUGAGGGCAUUGCUAUUCUUACUCCCAGAGGUCGAUACAAUGUUGAACUUCAUUUAUCCUUUUUGAGGCUGCAAGGGCAAGCCAACGAUUUUAAAAUUCAGUUCAGCAGUGUAGUUCGCGUGUUUGUAUUGCCAAAGUCAAAUCAGCCACAUACAUUCGUUGUUGUUACCCUUGAUCCACCUAUCCGUAAAGGCCAAACGAUGUAUCCACACAUAGUGUUGCAGUUUGAAACGGAUUAUGUUGUGGAAAGCACCUUGACAAUGAAUCCAGAUCUAUUUGCUACCAAGUACAGGGACAAGUUGGAACCAUCGUAUAAGGGACUCAUUCAUGAAGUAUUUACGAUGGUAUUGAGAGGCUUGUCUGGAACAAAACUCACGAGGCCAGGAAAAUUUCGUAGUUGUCAGGAUGGUUAUGCUGUCAAGUCAUCCUUAAAAGCUGAAGAUGGUGUUCUUUAUCCACUCGAAAAGAGCUUUUUCUUUCUGCCAAAACCUCCUACUCUUAUUCUAUAUGAUGAGAUUGAUUAUGUGGAAUUUGAAAGACAUGCUGCUGGAGGAGCAAAUAUGCAUUACUUUGAUCUUUCUAUUAGACUGAAGACAGAACAAGAACAUCUUUUCCGGAACAUUCAGAGAAACGAAUAUCAUAACCUCUUCGAUUUCAUCAAGUCAAAAGGUCUUAGAAUUAUGAAUCUUGGUGCAGCCAAACCAACAGAUGGUGUUGCCGCUGUGCUACAAGAUGAGGAUGAUGAUAACGUUGACCCACAUCUUGAGCGGAUAAAGAAUGAACAAGGAUUAGAUGAAAGUGAUGAGGAGGACGAGGAUUUUGUUCUUGACAAGGAUGAUGGAGGCUCUCCAACUGAUGAUUCUGGGGGAGAGGAUUCUGAUGCUAGUGAAAGUGGCGGCGAAAUGGAGAAACCUCUGAAGAAGGAAACAAAGAAAGAGCCUACUGCUUCUAAAGCCUCUCUAAGUAAGAAGAGACCCAAAGGUGGUGAAGAUGAUGUGUCAAAAAAGAGAAAACCCAAGAAGAAAAAAGACCCUAAUGCUCCUAAGAGAGCAAUGAGUGCUUUCAUGUAUUUCUCACAGAUGGAAAGAGAGAAUGUGAAGAGGGACAACCCUAAUAUUGCCUUUCAAGAAAUGGGGAGGGUGCUCGGUGAACGGUGGAACAAGUUAUCAGCUGAGGAGAAGGAACCCUAUGAAGCCAAGGCUCUGGCAGAUAAGAAGCGAUACCAAGAUGAACUCAGUGGCUACAAUCCAAAAGUGGGAAAUUCAGGGAAUGCAACCGACUCUGACUAAAUCCUCAAGGACUAGUUUGAACUGUUUCCAGUUUUGCUUGUCUUUCUUGCUUUUUGUUUCAAAAAGCUUUUUUUUACAAACAAUAACCAAAACAUUGUGAAACCACAACUAGAAAUCUAAAUAGCAAUAUUUGUUUUGGUUUCUGCCGUUA